CCUUAUCAUCUCUCUCUCUCUCUCUCUCUCUCUCUCUCUCUGGCUCUGGCAUCUUCUAUCUCCGCCCGAGAAUGGCGUCCGGGUCCCUGGGCUCCGUCACGAGCUCCGACAUCGAGGCCCACGGCAUCCCGCCCCCCGUCGCGGAGGAGCUGAGCGCGGAGCUCGCCCGGAUCGUCCGCGCCCACGGCGCCUCGUCUCCCGCCACCUGGCGGGCCAUCUCCACGGGCCUCCUCGAGCCCGAUCUCCCCUUCUCGUUCCACCGGUCGAUGUACUACGGUUGCUACGGGGACUCCGGACCCGACCCGCCCGCCUGGUUCCCCGACCCGGAGACUGCUCGGGAAACAAAUGUUGGCCGGUUGCUUGAAAGAAGGGGAAAAGAGUUUUUGGGGGAGAAAUACAAGGAUCCCAUAUCAAGCUUCUCUGAUUUGCAGAAAUUUUCUGUAUCAAGCCCCGAGGUUUAUUGGGCAACUGUACUUGAGGAACUAAGCAUAUUAUUUUCGGAACCUCCUAAAUGUAUCUUUCUCGAGGAUCCAUCUGACAAAAGCCAUCCAGGGGGUCAAUGGCUUCCUGGAGCAUAUUUGAACCCAGCAGCGAAUUGCCUGUCUUUGAACAAUAAGAGAGCCUUAAAUGAUACAGCGAUUAUAUGGCGUGAUGAAGGACAUGAUGAUCUGCCUGUCAAAAGAAUGUCUGUAAAGGAGCUACGAGAAGACGUCUGGUUGGUUGCGCAUGCCCUCCACAGACUCGGUUUGGAGAAAGGAUCUGCAAUUGCAAUUGACAUGCCAAUGAAUGUUUAUUCCGUGGUUAUUUACCUAGCUAUUGUUCUAGCAGGAUAUGUAGUUGUAUCAAUUGCUGACAGCUUUGCUCCACUUGAAAUAUCAACGAGACUUAAAAUAUCUGGAGCCAAGGCAAUUUUUACUCAGGAUGUAAUCAUUCGUGGAGAAAAGAGUAUACCUUUGUACAGUAGAGUUGUGGAUGCCCAAUCACCAAUGGCAAUAGUCAUUCCUACAAAAGGUUCCACUUUGGAAUUGCGUGAUGGUGACAUUUCUUGGCUUGAUUUUCGAGGAAGAGUCGAGCAUGUCAAGGAGGAAUUUGCUGCUGUGGAACAACCGGUGGAGGCUUUUACAAACAUCCUUUUUUCUUCUGGAACUACAGGGGAGCCAAAGGCAAUUCCAUGGACACACGCAACUCCUUUGAAGGCUGCUGCAGAUGCUUGGUGCCACAUGGAUAUUCAUAAAGAUGAUGUUGUUGCCUGGCCCACUAACCUAGGGUGGAUGAUGGGUCCCUGGCUAGUUUAUGCUUCCCUUUUGAAUGGCGCUGCCAUGGCACUAUAUAAUGGAUCCCCUCUUGGUUCUGGCUUUGCGAAGUUCGUCCAGGAUGCUAAAGUAACAAUGCUGGGUGUCAUUCCAAGUAUUGUGCGAGCAUGGAAGAAUUCGAAGUCCACAUCUGGCUAUGAUUGGUCAGCUAUACGGUGCUUUAGCUCUACUGGGGAAGCAUCUAAUGCAGACGAGUACCUAUGGUUGAUGGGGAGAGCUAAAUAUAAACCUAUUAUUGAAUAUUGUGGCGGUACAGAGAUUGGGGGCGCAUUUGUUUCAGGCUCACUAUUGCAGGCACAGUCAUCGGCUGCUUUCAGUACACCAGUAAUGGGUUGUAGUUUGUUUAUCCUUGGGGAUGAUGGCCUUCCUAUUCCACAAGAUGCUCCAGGAAUGGGGGAAUUGGCACUCGGAGCAGUCAUGUUUGGGUCUUCAAGUACACUGCUUAAUGCAAACCAUUACGAUGUCUACUUUAAAGGAAUGCCCCUUUGGAAAGGAAAAGUUUUGCGGAGGCAUGGUGAUCUAUUUGAGUGUACUUCUAAAGGAUACUAUCAUGCACAUGGUCGUGCAGAUGAUACAAUGAAUCUCGGAGGUAUCAAGGUGAGUUCCAUCGAGAUUGAACGAAUUUGCAAUGCUGUUGAUGAAAAUAUCCUUGAAACUGCUGCAAUUGGGGUGCCCCCUGCUGAAGGUGGACCUGAGCAAUUGAUAAUAGCUGCAGUGCUGAUGGAACCAGUGCCUGAUAUGGAUAAACUAAGGAUAGCUUUCAAUUCAGCUGUGCAGAAGAGACUAAACCCUUUGUUCAGGGUUUCUCGCGUUGUGCCCGUCUCAUCUCUUCCAAGGACAGCUACAAAUAAGGUUAUGAGAAGGGUUUUGCGACAGCAGUUGGUGCAACUUGACAAAAAGCCUAAGCUAUGAAGGAUGAAAACGUCCGGGAUCCAUCAUUCUAGGAAAGCGAACAGCAGUUCAGAGGGAAUCCCUCAGUGACCAUGUUGUAUGAUCGGGGCAUCAAUCUUCACGAAACCAAAGAUUUUACCCUCAGAAUUAUGUGACCGAGAAGCUUGUAUCUACUGGGAGUCCAAGUAUUGUAAACUGGUGUCGAGAACAAAAACUUUAUUGGUCAAAUAGAUAGCCGAUAUAGGAGAUGGGUGGACUUGUGACGAUUGAUAAGGCACAACGCCAAUAUUUGUCGAGAGGUGAAUAAAAAUGAGGAAAGCAGAAAUACCCAAUAGUACUGGAAUCACAUCACGCAAGAGAAGACUCUCUUUCCUUGGACUGUGAAGUCAUCAAUCCUUACAAACUUCGUAGUUCGAGUUAAAAUCUUGUUUUCAAGUUCUCUUCGACUGUGCAACACCUUUUUCUGGUAUGUAUAUUACUUGUUCUUGGAAUGCUUGGUUGAUUUCUACCCAUUAUCAUUUUAGUAGAGGAGUCGAAAAAAAAUGUUAAUACA